CUGCUCAAUACAUUUUUUUAGGAAUAUAAUUUCACAGUGCAGCAUUUUUAGCACAUAGUAGAGGUUCAUCAAUGAAAGCUGAUUAGAAAUGCUUUGUUUUUUAUUAUCUUUUGCCCUUAUACCCAUUAUAUCCUAUUCCAAGAUGCAUUAGAGACAAACGGACGUAAGAAGAAAAACAUUUGUGUAGCAGAAAAUGAUACAGGCUUUUAUUACCACCAUGUCCAUAUGGAGUUGGACUCAGGCGCAUGUGUUAAACGAAAGAGACCAUUGCUCACUGGCACAGUCGUGUAUGCACGACGGCGCCGAGGCUCGCGGCGUCGACGGCGACGGCCGCACCGUGCGGCUCUUCCUCGACGCCUGCGACCUGCAUGAGUACAACUGCGACCAUGGCACAAAUUUCCAAUUAAUAACUGUAACAAGCCCGUGUACAAAAGAUGAUGUUACGGAUAAUACGGAAACUGUUAAUGAAAAUGGAGAAAUUGUACGCUUGCAGGAUUCAGAUCAGACUCCAGACGCGGAUGAUGAUAAUUCCGUGCAAUUGCAACCCGAUGAUAAUAAUGCGGAUGAAGAGGGUCUACAGGAUAUUCAAAAACUAGACUUAAAAGACUCGUAUUACGAAAAAAAAAUUAAAAUCAAGAACGAUGGUUAAAACUGAGCGUU